UCAACAAACUGUUGCACGCUCGGCGCGCGGUGCGCGGCGCGGCGCGGGGCGCGUGGCGGCCGCUACGAACGCAAGGCCUACGAGGAAUUGCUACGGCGUAGCUGCUACGAGAUCAUUUUCAGCUUAGCACGAGACCAGCAGAUUUAUAUUAUGUUUCGGGGUUGUACAGGGAUGAAAAAAAGUUGGAGGCUGGUCAGGGAGAGUCGCACGUGUGCGGGAGGGGUGCGGGCGGGCGCGGGGUGCGGAUCGAUGGCCGGGGCGCGGGGCGGCAGUGCCGCGGCGGCCGCGGGCGGAGGCGGAGUGAGCGCCAGCCUGCGCCGUGACCGCGACCGCCGCCGGGCGCGCGAGCCCCCAGCGCGACCACGGCGCCGCGCCAGCCCCACGCGCCGGCCCGCGCCGCAGACAUGGACGCGCUGUCGGACGACGACGACUACUCGCGCCGCCACACGCAGAUAAGCAGCCUAGUCUCCUCUCGCGGCGAAGCUGCCUCCGGGGCCGCGGUGCAGCGUGUGGGCGCGGCGGUGUGUUGCGCCGUCGAGCGCUUCGUGGCUGUUGGAGAGAACAUAGCCGACGACAACCCCGACGUGAGGCACAGCAUGGUGUUGGCUUGCAAGGAGGCCCGCGCUGCCGGGCGAGCCAUCGAGCGGGUGUGCGUGGGCGCGGCGGCGGGCGACGGCGGCGGCAUGGUGCCGGCCGCGCGCGCGCUGCUGGCCGCCGUGACGCGCGUGCUGCUGCUCGCCGACAUGGUAGUGGUCAGGCAACUGUUGUUAGCUAAGGAUAAGGUGGCGCGAACGCUCGACCGCCUGGAAUCCGUCUCCAACUUCGCGGAGUUCGUGCGCGCGUUCACGGAGUUCGGCGGCGGCAUGGUGGAGCUGGCGCGGCUGACGGCGGAGCGCCGCGCCGACCUGCGCGACGAGCGGCGAAGGGCACAGGUCGCCGCCGCCAGGAAUGUGUUGGAGAGGUCCACGCUCAUGCUGCUCACCUCCUCCAAGACGUGCAUGCGGCACCCAUCCAGCGCGUCUGCACGGGAGAACCGAGACACUGUGUUCUGUCAGAUGCGGCGCGCCAUGGACCUCAUCCACUACGUGGUGCGCGACGGGCUGCCCGGCCACGACGAGCACUCCGCCGAGUUACAACCUUUUUCGGAUAGUCAAGAACAGGCAGCGCAGUGGGAGGCGGGCACCGCGUUAGGAGCGCUGCGCGGCUUGGGCGGGCAGGUCCGCGCAGCGAGGGCGCGGGGCGGCGCUGACGUCACGAGACGAAGAGCCCUGGCGUCGACCUUGCGAGCGCUGGUGGAAAGGACCCACGACUUCACCGACUCCGCCUACACGACGCACGACCACAGACAGAGGAUACUGGCGCUGGCGGAACGAAUAGCGUACGAGUUGGAAAGGCUUGUCGCUGUCGCCGUCUCUGUGGAAGAGCAAGGUACGUGUGGGUCUGGCGCGGCGAUAGAGAGCGCGUGCGCGGGCGCAGGGUCGGCAUCGGUGGAGCUGGAGCGGGCGCUGGUGUCGGCGGCCAGGGACCACGCGAGAGACCUGCCGCCCCUCGCCAACGAGGCCAGGAGGCUCGCCACUGACCUCGCGAGAUUAGCAAGUUCCUGUGGUGAGAGAGAAUCAGAGAGACUGCACAGUAUAGCUAGCCGGCUUCAUGAGCAACUAGAUCAUAUUAUAGAGAUAUGCAAGCUGCUCAGGCACAUAGCAAUGUCAGAAACCCUCCAAGUUAGUGCCAAGUUCGCAGAAAUCAACCUGAGGAUAUACGGUCCACAAGUUGUGACUGCCGCGAGAACACUAGCGGAACACCCCGGCAGUGCGGCCGCGAGAGAAAACCUCGACGUGUUUGUGGACAUGUGGACGUGGCUUCUCAACGAUGCCGCGAGAUUAGCCAGGGAUAUAUUAGACCUGACUGACGAUAGACCUGAUAAGCAGCAAUAUAGCAGUUUACCUAGGCCUGGGAAACACGGUACGACGAGCAAGCCUCUGAAGGCGGUGCGGCUGGACUCGGACGAGCAAGCCAAGAUCGCCAAGUCUGGGCUGGAGAUGAAGAUGAUGUCCUCCGAGAUGGACGCCGAGACCGACAAGUGGCAGGGCGCCGCUGCCGACGAAAACAACGAUAUUGUGAAGAGGGCCAAAAAUAUGUCUUCCAUGGCCUUUGCAAUGUACCAGUUUACGAAAGGCGAAGGCCGUUUAAAUACUACGCAGGACCUCUUCACUCAGGCGGAAUACUUCGCCGAAGAAGCAAAUAGACUGUAUAAAAUUGUACGGCAGUUUUCAUAUCAGGUACCAGCAGGUACAAUGAAAAAAGAACUGCUAGAGCAUCUAGAUAGGGUCCCCACAUACGUGCAGCAACUCCAAUUCACAGUCAAAGAACCGACUGUAGGACGAGCAGCCACUUUCAGCAAAGUAGACAACGUUAUCCAAGAAACCAAGCACCUUAUGAACGUCAUCAGCAAAGUCGUCACCACAUGCUUUGACUGUGCGAAUAAGUACAAACUGGACUUCACGGGGCUGUCGGCGGGCGGCGGGGCGGGCGGGCGCGCGGCGCGGGACGAGGACGGCGGCGGCGGCGUCGGCGGCGACUCCAAGCCCGGGGGCUCCACCGGGGACACGGCCAUGUGACAGUACGGCAUGGGCCGGCGCGGCAAGGGCGACGCGCGCCGGACCAGGGUCAGCUUCCUCUUGUUUUAAAAGAUGACACGUCUUUGAAACGAGCAAUCGCCCUACGCUGGGAAGGCGGGCUGGGAGCCUGUAGGUGCAUAACUUGUUUAGCUUUCUGAUAACUGUGUGUCUGAUAACAUUUCAGAGCCU